AAAAUGUCGAGUUCUAAAGCUUCAGGAUUUCUUUUAAGCCUCCCUAUUGAGAUUAUUGUAGAAAUUCUUGGGCAUACUAAUCUGGAGGAUAUUUGUUCUAUCUCUUUGGAGGACUAUGUCUGGCAACAAAUGUGUAAAAUUCAAUAUCCCGAAAGUAGGAUUACAGAAGCACAACAGGAUCUGGAUGAAAAUGGAACUUUGAAGCAAGUAUUUACCUCUAUUCCGGAAUCUAAAACAGCUGCAUCUUUAAGAUCGUUACACCCGCACAACGAACAGGACGCAGAGUCAAGUACAGACGUUUCUCCGCCAACAGAAAAUAAUGAAAUGGAAUGGAUGGUUUUGUAUAAAUAUCUAUCAAAUCCAAUCAGUUAUAUUGCAAAAGAGAAAGGUGUUACUUGGUUGGAUUGUCGUGAUGGACCAUUUUUUGAUCGAUGUCAUUGGGAAACAGAAAUUGGAGAAAGUGCAUAUGGAAAAAUAGUUCACCUCAAUCAUGUGUGGUGGUUUGAUGUAAUAGCGACGCUGAAAUGCGUUCAGCCUGGAACGUUUGAUGUUGUCUGGAAAUUCAAGGUUGAUGGAUUAAACUUUGGCUUAGAUGAUUUAAAUUUUAAGACACAAGUUCUAGCCAAUAGCUACGAGAAAUCAGAUACUCCUGAAACGGUUAUUCAAGAAAUAAACCACGUAGCAGGUUCUAAUGUAUUUGAAAAAAUCAAAUCAAAACGAACCUGGGCCGAGUAUUGCUUACCAUAUCAAAUUGAUGUACCUAAAGAAAGGGUUGUUGAUGGAGAAUACGUUUGGUAUGACGUUAGAUGUAAAAUAUACAAUCAUGAUGGGUUUCCGAAAAGCGGUUUGCAUAUCGAUUAUGUCAAAUUAUUGCACCAUAAAGAUGGGAGGGAAUACGAAAUCGUAGUUGAUAAUCAUGGUGAGGAGAACGAGGAACAUGAAGAUUCUGAUUCUUAUUUGGAAAUAUGUGAAUUUUAA